GUUUCCGGGCGGGGCCGUGCCACAGCUGACUUCCGCCCGGAGUCGGCUCUCGCUGCAGCGUCGCCAUGUUCGCCCGCUCACGGUGGCUGCCCCGGAGCCUGAGCCGCCUGAGCCGCCUGGCCGCGGCCCUGCAGGGUGGUAAUGGCUCACAAGGCACUAGAGGUGUCUCUGGUCUUUUAGUGUGCCAUCGAUCCAUUUAUGGUAAAAGCAGGCAGCUUCUUGAAAAUGGCUCCAAAUUCAGUAUCUUCCACAUACAGCACUUCCGAACAUCAGCAGUUUUCAAUGAUGACGUGAUGACGGUGAAUACACCAGCAUUUGCAGAGUCUGUCACAGAGGGAGAUGUCAGGUGGGAAAAAGCUGUUGGUGAUGAAGUGGGUGAGGAUGAAGUGGUAUGUGAGAUUGAAACUGAUAAGACAGCGAUGCAGGUUCCUGCUCCACAUGCUGGUAUCAUCGAGGAGCUCCUGGUCCCUGACGGGGGUAAAGUGGAAGGAGGAACCCCUCUUUUUAAACUCAGGAAGAUAGAAGGUGGUGCUGCAAAGUCCAAAUCAGCAGCCGCUUCUGCUCCCAAACCAGAAGCUCCAACCCCACCCCCAACCCCAGCGGCAACUGCAGGGGCAAUUCCGACCACAAUGCCACCCGUGCCACCUGUAAAAACACAACCCAUGGAUAGUAAACCCGUAUCAGCAGUGAAACCUACUGCCGCUCCUGUUGCACACACAGCCGCAGACAUGGGACUAAAAGGUUUCAGAACAGAGCAGAGGGUAAAAAUUAAUAGAAUGCGACAGCGAAUUGCGCAGCGACUAAAGGAGGCUCAGAAUACUUGUGCCAUGCUGACAACAUUUAAUGAGAUCGAUAUGAGCAACAUCCAAGAAAUGAGAACCUUGCACAAAGAAACCUUCCUCAAGAAACACAACAUGAAGCUAGGUUUCAUGUCUGCAUUUGUUAAAGCGUCCAGUUUUGCACUGCAGAAUCAGCCAGUGGUAAACGCUGUUAUUGAUGAUACAACCAAAGAAAUGAUCUACAGGGACUAUAUUGACAUCAGCGUAGCCGUAGCUACACCAAAGGGGCUGGUGGUACCUGUAAUCCGAAAUGUUGAAAACAUGAACUAUGCUGAUAUUGAGAAAGCAAUCAAUGAGCUAGGAGAGAAGGCCCGUAAGAACGAGUUGGCUAUUGAAGACAUGGAUGGAGGAACUUUCACAAUCAGCAAUGGCGGAGUGUUUGGCUCUAUGUUCGGAACACCAAUUAUCAACCCGCCUCAGUCUGCCAUCCUGGGUAUGCAUGGUAUCUUUGAGAGGCCGGUUGCAAUCAAGGGACAGGUUGUGAUCCGUCCCAUGAUGUAUGUGGCCCUAACCUAUGACCAUCGCUUGAUAGACGGCAGAGAAGCAGUACUUUUCCUCCGAAAAAUUAAAGCUACAGUGGAAGACCCUCGUUUGCUGCUGCUUGACAUUUAAAUUCAAUUAAUAUACAAUUAUUAAAAAAAAACCCACAUAUACUCAAAGUCAUAUGCAUUUUCAUAUUAAAUAAUUGUUCUACCUUUUUGAUGUUUAAAAAAAAAAAAUCAUAAAUUAAUGUUUUAUGGACGAAUUGCAAUUCUGUAGGAAACGAUUUUAACGGAAAGAGAUGGCAUGUCCGAGACUUGGCAGCGAAUUUAUAUUGUCAGCAAAUGAGCUUACUAGCGAGGGUAAAUCAUCACUGAUAUUUGAGAUGGAGGGAGCAGCUUUGGGUAGUCUUGUUCACAAUUUGGUAUUAAAGAGCCUGAACUGGCACUGCAACAAAAGAAAUCAAGACUCACUGGUAUUGGAUCUGGAAAUACUAAUUCCUUAUGUGUAGGAAAGAACUGCAGAUGCUGGUUUAAAUCGAAGAUAGACACAAAAUGCUGGAGUAAAUCAGCGGGACAGGCAGCAUCUCUGGAGAGAAGGAAUGGGUAGACCCAUUCCUUCUCUCCAGAGACGCUGCCUGCCCCGCUGAGUUACUCCAGCAUUUUGUGUCUACCUUCAAUACUAAUUCCUUAUCUGAUACUUAUCGUGAUGUAUGUUGCCAAGGCAGUUUACAGAGUCCUUGCUUCUAACAAAUGCUGCUUUUGAUUUGGGAGUGUUCCACAUCUGUGAGAGCAAAUUUCAUUCCCCACCUUUAAAAUCUUCAUCGUGAUCAUAAAAAUGCACUGAUUUUCUGAAAGAGUACUGUUCCAACAAUAUUUGCUGCCCAACUAGGUCAAAGCGAAUGCAGCCCUUUGAACUAAUUUCAGCAACUUUAGACGCAAAAAAUCUAUUUACUUUUUCGAGUGGAGGCCAUGAAAGGAUUUAUUCCGAAUAUGGUAGUUUCCUUAUGCCCGUAACACCAGGCUUCAGGUUAACCAUGUUCCAAUAAUUACUACCUGUUGCCAAGCACGGCCUUUGAAGACAAACAAUGAAAAUAAACCCUUGUCGCAAACACAAUAUGAAGUUGAGAAAGUUGGAAACCUAAAUUAUACAACUAUGGCCGAAGACUGCAGGAGCACAACUUUAGAGUAUAAGGUGUUUCUGUUGCUUUUAGAUGGGUGUAAAUUGAAAUAUUAAGAUGUCUUUGCAAGUUUUGGUCUAUUCUCCAUUUGAUGUCUUUGUACCAGGUUCAUUUAUCUUUCCCUUUCUCACCGCCCUUCACAACCCAAAUUGUCCAGCUAGUAUGUUGUUACAGUUGUAUCUUUGUUCAAGAAUGCAGGCCGCUGUUUCGCUACCAGCUGUGCAGCAUCACGUUUGUCCAAUUUUGCCGCAUGUGCAUCACGGGACCAGCUUAAUACAAACCGACUUUGCCAACAACAUAUUCUGUUCAAAUCAAAUCCUGUUUCCUUAGCAAAGAAGUUCCUUGCCCUCUGAGAAUUAAGCAGUCUUUUGAGAUUGAAAAAUGUGCACAACUUUCUUUUGAAAUGUACUCUGUUUAUAGACAGUAUGGGUGUGAGCACAAUCUAUAAAAUCUAUAUUCUAUUGGUGUGUACAGACAGUAUUGGAGUUAGCACGAUAUAAGUGUUGGUAAACAUAUUGAUCGGGUCAGAUAUUAUGUAUUAUGAAUCAAUGUGGAACUUUCUGUAUUGUAGCGAGAAAAGUGAUUUUAUUGAAAGCAGCUUCCUGGCAUGAAAUGUCCUUCCUAUAUAAAUGGAUUACAGAGUAGCGGGCAGACAAUUCCAAAUUGACAAUAAAGUUAACCCUGUUCUCUUUACAGAACUGUCAGUCGGCUGUUUCACACUACAUAGGGCAAUAUGCAUUAGGAAUGAGAACCAGGUGAGUGUGGUGGGAAAGGUGUCGAUAAUUUUGAGUUAGUAAUGUAUUUUUAGCUAGCAAGAUUCAAAUGACCUUGCAGUUAUUGUGUGUUAGUGAGCCCCAGCCUUGGCUUUGUGUUUCUGAGACACAAAUAUACAUGAGAACGCAAUCAGAGAUGCUGCUCCUACAGAUUUGCAUCCAUUUUCCCCAGACUUUCCUGACGGUGAUUAAUAUUGCUUCUCUCAACCUGUACAACUUUGAAAAAUUUGAUGCAUGUUGUACACCAUUAAUUUCAUUUGUGACACUAGCUCACUGGCUGUUUCCAUCCAGCACUAGUUGGAUAUGUGUACUUUUAAACAAAAAAUGCUGCCCUGCACUGCAGUGCAGUCAUUGGCAAGAGAAGCGAUAACCUAUACUUGAAAAAUAUAUCAGUUACGUAAGGUGGUGCGGUGAUAGAGUUGCUGCCUUGCAGCACUUACAGCGCCAGAGACCCAGGUUCGAUCCUGACUUCUAGUGCUCUCUGUACGAAGUACGUAUGUUGUCCCCGUGACCGCAUGGGUUUUCUCUGAGAUCCUUGGUUUCAUCCCACACUCCAAAGACGUACAAGUUUGUAGGUUAAUUGGCUUGGUAGAAGUGUAAAUUGUUCCUGGUGUGUGUAGGAUAGUGUUAAUAUGCGGGGAUCGCUGGUCGGUGCGGACUCGGUGGGUCGAAAAGCCUUUUUCCGCAUCGCAUUUCUAAACUAAAUAAAUAAGCUAAAGAGAAUAAAUUCUUAGUGGGUCUACUGUGGGUUGCUGCCAUGCAAGCCUAAGCAUUGUGUCAGUUGGAUACAGUUGUGUGACGGUUCAUUGUUGAUUGUACAGCCGGUGGGUGCUUUUCCAGGCAGGGCAUUUAUAGAUAUCCCGGAUGUACAUCUUCACUUUGCAGCACUCGUAUCGGUUAAUUUUAUUCCAAACGGCUCAAAGCAUUUAACCAAAAAUGAGGCAAUAAGUUGAAAUGUCACAAAGGAGAAUUGGCAAUGUAAUGGUAUUUGAAAUCAAUAAAUGACUAUUCAAAUCC